GAAACUAACAGCACUCCUCCCCUUUGUGCUCUCUGAGAUCUUUAGUCUCACAAAAGCUGGAGCCUGGCUGGCCUGGGGCAGUCAAACUCUGACAGAACCAUGUCCUCUGUGCAGACCCUCGGAAGCCCCAGCCCUGGGCAGUCCUGUGUGCUGAUUCUGAUCUUCACAGUGCUCCUGCAGUCCCUCUGUGUGGCUGUAACUUAUGUGUACUUCACCAAUGAGCUGAAACAGAUGCAAGACAAGUUCUCCAAAAGUGGCAUUGCUUGUUUCUUGAAGGAAGACGACAGCUCUUGGGACCCUCAUGAUGAAGACAGUAUGAACAGCCCCUGCUGGCAAGUCAAGUGGCAACUACAUCAGCUUGUUAGAAAGAUGAUCUUGACAACCUCUGAGGAAACCACUCCUACAUCUCAAGAAAGACUAGAAAAUAGUCUUAUCCUAGAGACAGACAGAAGACCUCAGAGAACAGCAGCUCACAUAACAGGGAACAGUCGGAAAAGCACCAGAUCCUUGGAUCUAGCCUCCAAGCAUGAAAAGGCCUUGGGCCACAAACUACAAUACUGGGAGUCAUCAAGGAAAGGACAUUCAUUCCUGAAUAAUUUGCACUUGAGGAAUGGAGAACUGGUUAUCCAUCAAACAGGGCUUUAUUACAUUUAUUCCCAAACAUACUUUCGAUUUCAGGAAAGUGAAGAAACUUCAGGAAAAGUUUCAAAGGAAGAGAACAGAAGGAGAAACAAACAAAUGGUACAAUAUAUUUACAAAUUCACAAGCUAUCCUGAACCUAUACUGCUGAUGAAAAGUGCUAGAAAUAGCUGUUGGUCCAAAGACUCAGAAUACGGACUGUACUCCAUCUAUCAAGGGGGUCUAUUUGAACUUAAAGAAAAUGACAAAAUUUUUGUCUCUGUAACUAAUGAAAGCUUGAUUGACUGGGACCAAGAAGCCAGUUUUUUUGGCACCUUUUUAAUUAGCUAAGUGAUCUGCAAAGAAAAAGGUUGGUUUUUGUUGUUGUUGUUGUUUGAGUCAGAGUCUCCCUUUGCAGUUCAGGCUGGCCCUGAACUCACUGUGCAGCCCAGGCUGGCCUCAAACUUGUGAUGAUUCUCCUGUCUCCUGAGUGGUGGGAUCACAGGUGUGUACCACCACACCUGGCUGCAAAGAAAAAGUAAUAACUUCAAAAUGACGAUUCAUCCUUGGAUGAAUGACUGAAAAUCUAUAGAAUUUGCCAAGAGGAGCAGCCACAACUAAACGUGCCUGAAACACACACUUUUACUAUCUCUGAAAAUGUAUCACUUCAUUCUAAGACAAUGAAAUUGCCACAAGACCACUCAAGGCUCCACCUGAUAUCAGCUUGCUAGCAGAAAUCUAAAUGAUUCUCAGAUUUCAAACAUUCAUGCAACAAGAUUCCAGGAGAAUGACCAAUAACUUAUCACUUAAACAGUCACCAGCUGCAGGAAUGUUCUCACAUUGAAUGAAAAAGAGCACCCCUAAAAUAUCCCCCAUCGAGGAGGUGAUCCUCCAUCAAGGCAUCCAGUGUAGCCACCCAGCUGGGGUGGUGGGCACCUAUAGUCCCACUCGGGAGGCUGAGAUAGGAGUCCAGGGGUUUGCUAUCAGUCUGAGCAACACAAAAAGGCCUCAUCUCAAGAAAAAAAAAAGGAUUUGCAAUGUCCAAAGGGGAAUCUAUAAUGUGCAAUACCUUGCAGGAUUUUCUCCUAUACCUGGAUUUAGUGGAAAUAAGCAAAUUGCCUUCAAAGUACUCUUAUCCAAUUUAAGAAAUAAAUAGCAAAAUUAUGUUCAGGGAUCUAGAAAGAACUAAUUCUGAACAGCUGUGAGCUUCUCACUUCCAAACUUCAGGCUGGCCAAAAUCACUGAAAAUAUUUUUGCUCAAGGAUUCUGUGAUGAGUGGUCAGUGCUAAUCAGAAACGAAGGAACUUAGUCUCAUCUGAUCAAGGGAAGAAAUGAGAAAGUGGAAAAGAUAAACAAGUAGAUAAGCAGUAAAGAACCGUAUGUUGUGAGUCUCCCCACACCGAACAUCAAUAUUUCAUACUUAUCUACUUAAAGUUGUAUUGUUUAUUUUGAUCUGACUAAAAAACAUUAACUAUUUUUAUCUUCCCAAAUCAAAAUACAAGACAUUUCUUCCUUCUAUAAUUGAUCUAACGAGUUGGGAGGUGGUGUUGUCUAAUGUCUAACUGCUAUUCUUUUUUUGUGUGUUUCUCAUUCCUAAAGUCAAGCAGACACUAAACAGUGUCUAUUGUGAUAAAAUGUGCCUAACAUUUGCCAUUUUAGCCAUUUCAAGUGGACAGCUCAGUGGCAUUAAGAAUGUUCACACUGUUGGUCACCACCAUCUACUUCCAAGAGUUUUCUAUCACCCCUAAGUGAAACUCUGUGCAACAGCAUAAUUUAUCCAUGGUUGUGUUCCAAGAUGAUCAUUUAAAUGUGUGCUAUUGUUUGGAUGAAUAUUUCCCAAAAGUCUAUAGGUAAAGGCUUGUUGCCCAGGGUGGUGGUAUUGGGAGGUUUUUGGGCAUUGGAGCUGUGUACUCAAGAGAGAUUUUGAUGUCUCUCUCCCACCCUUUCCUGGCUCCAAAUGUGACUGCUUACUCCUGCCAUGAUGUGACACCCUCACCAGAAUCCCACAGCUAUGAGACCUCUAGACUUUCAACUGGAACACCAGAGCCAUGAGCCAAAAUAUACCUUUCUUUACUUCUUAAGUAGCCUGUGUCAGGUCUUUCAUUAUAGGUGCAAAGCAGUUAUGAUGUGCUUUGGUCACCUAGGUCUUUUAAAAUUAUUUUUAAAUUUUUUUUGGUGGGGGGGAGUACCAGGGAUCGAACUCAGGACCUUGCGCUUGCCAGGCUGGUGUGGUGCCACUGAGCUAAAUUCCCAGCCCACCUAGCUCUUUUUUGUUUUCUUUUUUAAAAAUUUUAUUUUGUUGGACUAGCUCUUUUUUUUAAAGUUUCAUUUGAAUUUAAUUUUACAUUGCAUUACAGACAGCUGGCCCUUCUGACGUCUUCUCCCUUUAUUUUUCCAUAACAUUAAUAAGGAUGUGUACAUACUAAUAAAUUGUUACCCUGUCACUGAAAGACUGUCUUCUCUCAGGAGAAUAUAAACAUUAUGAUACCAGGACACAUUUAAUCUUGAUUACAACUGUAUUUCCAGUAUCUGAAUGUAGUAUAUACAAAAUAUAAUUUGUAUAAAAUAUAUUUGUAAAUACACACAAAACAUAUUUGUAAAUAAUGUUCAAAUGAAUAAAUACCUAUCCUUACGGAAAAAAACAGAGAAGAAAUAUAUCAGGAAUUUUAAAACUUCAAAGUGGAGAAGAACAUUUUAAGGUAAGAUUUAAAACUAAGAAUUAAUUUUUACUUUAUUUUUUAUACUACCAUUUUAAAGUGUAUAUGACUUUUUCAAUAAAAUGACCUUGUUAAAUAUA